CCUUCUCUGCCUUCAGGCUUGGCCCGCCUGGCGGUGGGGGUGUGGGGGGAGUUUCCUGCCUAUGACUCCCUGGAUUUUAAAGGGCCAGGUUCUUGGGCACUGGAAUUCGCACCUCCUCCUUGUUUCUCUCCUGUCUGCUCCUCCCUCUGGGGGGAAGGACACCAGCCCUUCCCUGUAUCCCCAUCAGUGGACCCAGGUUGCUCAGCACUGCAGGCACCUGGGAGACCCAUUUUCCGCUCCCCUUGGCCUGGAGGACCCGCUGUCCCUCUCGUCCACAGCUCCCAGGAGGCCCAGGCGUGCCCCCAUGCUGUCUGUCUUCCCCAGAUGGGAGGUGGAGCUGUUCCGGCCACCCACUGCUUCCCUCCUGCACUGCCCAUGGCCUCACUUGGAACCCUGGGCUGGGUGAGCUGCAUGGAGGCUGAGCAGCCUGUAGAAGGCAGCACACGCCAGAGCUUCCCAGCCAGCUGCUCUGGAGGCGGUAGAGGGGAGGGAGGCAGCCACCGCCCUGGACACCUGGACCUGGACAACAUGGCUUCCCCUAGGGUUGCAGCUGCUUGUCUUGCCACCGCCUGCUCUCUCUCAAGGAUUUAACCCCUGAUCUCCAGGUCUUGGCGCCACGCAGCCGUGGCAGAGGUUGUCUUUGUUUCAAGUUUGCUCUAUCCCAGACCUAAGCAGCGUUUCCCUGGAGCCCACCCCAUGGCCAGGCCCUCUCAGCUACAACAUCUUUCUCAGGUGAGGCGACUCCUGAGCUCUGAGCCCACAGCCCCACUGCCUCCUGGCUCUGCCCUUCCUCCAUGGGACUGUAUCUUUUACACCUAAAAAGGAUGUGGGCAGUGAAAUUUGGGUCAGGGUUAGAAAACAGGGGCAGCCGGGCACGGUGGCUCAAGCCUGUAGUCCGAGCACUUUGGGAGUGCGAGGCGGGCAGAUCACGAGGUCAGGAGAUCGAGACCAUCCUGGCUAACACGGUGAAACCCCAUCUCUACUAAAACUACAAAAAACUAGCAGGGCGUGAUGGUGGGUGCCUGUAGUCCCAGCUAAUCGGGAGGCUGAGGCAGGAGAAUGGCGUGAACCCGGGAGGCGGAGCUUGCAGUGAGCCAAGAUCUCACCACUGCACCCCAGCCUGGGCAACAGAGCCAGACUCUGUCUCAAAAUAAAAAAACAAAACAAAACAAAACAAAAAACAUAGAAAGUGGCAAUUGUGGCCCAGCUUUUGCCCCAUGGGGGGUGGGGGCUACUGUUUCACUCCCCCACAUUCCUCCAGCCCCACCCUCCUCCUCUCUGGACCAACCCUGCUUUUCCUCCUGCUCCAUUCUCUCUCUUCUUCUUCCCUUUAUCCCACUCAGGAGUAAGUAAGUGUCACAGGAGAGAGACAGUUAUCUGGGCCUGUGGUGGGAAGAUAGUGUGGUGAUUCCUCAAGGAUCUAGAACUAGAAAUACCACUGGACCCGACAAUCCCAUUACUGGGUAUUUACCCAGUGGAAUAUAAAUCAGGCUAGUAUAAAGACACAUGCACACGUAUGUUUAUUGUGGCACUAUUCACAAUAGCAAACACUUGGAACCAACCCAAAUGUCCAUCAAUAAUAGACUGGAUAAAGAAAAUGUGGCACAUAUACACCAUGGAAUACUAUGCAGCCAAUAAAAAGAUAAGCUCAUGUCCUUUGCAGGGACAUGGAUGAAGCUGGAAACCAUCAUUCUCUGCAAACUAUCACGAGGACAGAAAACCAAACACCGCGUGUUCUCACUGACAAGUGGGAGUUGAACAAUCAGAACACAUGGACACAAGGAGGGGAACAUCACACAUCGGGGCCUGUUGUGAGGUGGGGGGUAGGGGGCAGGAUAGCAUUAGGAGAAAUACCUAAUGUAAAUGAUGAGUUGAUGGGUGCAGCAAACCAACAUGGCACACGUAUACAUGUAUGUAACAAGCCUGCACCUUGUGCACAUGUACCCUAGAACUUAAAGUAUAAUAAUUAAAAAAAAUAUUUUUCCAAAACAGUUGUAGGUAAAGAAAAGCAGAUUUCUGGCCAGGCGUGGUGACUCAUGCCUAUAAUCCCUGCACUUUGGGAGGCCGAGGUUGGUGGAUAUGCCUGAGGUCAGGAGUUCAAGAAGAGCCUGGCCAACAUGGUGAAACCCCGUCUCUACUAAAAAAUAGAAAAAUUAGCUGAGCUUGUUGGUGCAUGCCUGUAAUCCCAGCUACUCGGGAGGCUGAGACAGGAGACUUGCUUGAACCCAGGAGGUAGAGGUUGCAGUGAGCCGAGAUCGCACCAUUGCAGUCCAGCCUGGAAAAAAAGAGUGAAACUACAUCUCAAAAAAAAAAAAAAAAGCAGAUUUAUUAGAGAAAGUAGGAAAAUGUGUAGCAAGGAGGCAGUGGGCAACCUGCAGAAGAGGAGCUGACUGCAAAGUAACAAAGGCUUGCUGGAGAUUUUAUAGCUAGUGUUUAUGCCGACUGUUGAAGAGGGCUUUGUGCGGUACAGGUAAGCCAAAGUUGCAGUGAGCCAACUUGCAGGUGUCUGAUGAUAGCUGAGUGCGGAAAGACUGUGAGUUAUUUGCACAGGAGGGCUCUGUGUCCUGGACCAUGAAGAAAGGCAGACUUAUGUAAACCAUGAAAAUCAGAGACAGGUUGAGGAUGCACACCCAUGACAUAGCCACAGGAGCUUUUGAUGACAUGUGCCCAAGGUGGUUAGAGCAGUUUGGUUUUAUACAAUUUUUUUUUUUUUUGAGACAGAGUCUCACUCUUGUUGCUCCAUUCACCUAGGAAUGACUGUCCACAAACUAAGUAGCUCUUGGUCGGUCAGUAAAGAGCUGCGUAUAGGGCAGUGUCCAAGUGACCAUAGAAACCAGCAGCUCCUCACCCAGUUCCAGAGUCAGUCUGAGGGGAACAGAGGCUCCCUGCUCAUGAGUGUCUCCUCUUUGCCUUCCUCAGGCACCAGGAUCCCAUAUCAACCAUUUCCAUUUUGUAAUAGAACUCUUCUGGGACUGCCCUCCCCAUUAAGAGUUUUUCCAAGAUCUCUGAAGACCUCAUGAGUUUUUCAGGUUUCAGGAUUAUUUUAUGUCCUUCAGUCACAGGAGGAGCUUCAGUUAGUGUUCCAUCGCAAGCUAGUAAGUGCCUCUCAGAUGGAAACUUUAUAAUCUAAAGGCCCAGUUCCCUGGAGGUGCUCACAGCCUUUUGCCAUUAGCCCUAGGCAGUGCUCCACACAGGGCACAGAGAAUGUGUGUUACCUGCAGUCUGGUUUCUAGUCUACACUGUGUAGUCCACCCUCCAGGGCCAAGGGGCCUGAGGUGCUCUAAAGACUUUCCUGCAGGCCCCGGUGGCUCUGUGUUAAUGCUGUCAGUCUUCCUGAAGUCCCUGUCUCCUCAUCCCCUGCCUGGAUCUGCCCCUAGCACACAUUUCUGAACCCAGACACUCCUCAGUGCCAUACAGACCUGGCAGACAUUUCUGAUCCUAACUCAGGGCCUGGGGCCUGGCAGGUGCUCAGGGUGCUCCAUCGCUCAAAUCCAAGCCUGUGGAGAGGAUGACAUUUCAAUCCCAGGUUUCUGGUGAGCCAUAAAACCUUUGUUUCUAUAGUGCUAUCCCCUUCUAUCCACCAUGUGAGGGGUCAGGAGCCGACUCACCCAAGGGUCUAGGAGUCGUGCCAUUGACCUUACUGCAUAGGGUCACAAGCUGGCACCCUUCAAUACCACACAUUGGGUCUGCCCUCACAGCGGCAGUGUUCUUAACUGUAUGGGGAGGUAAGUAGCCCAAGGUCAGACAGUUGGACCUGGGUAGACACUAGACUUGGGGACAGACUUUGGAAGCCACUCCCCUGAUUCCCCUGUCUCCAUGGGGCCUCAAUACUAGAGCCCUCAAGGUUGGUCAGGGAGUGUUUGUGCCUUGACCAUGCAAAGGAUGCCAGGCUGUGGCUAGGGAUGCCCCCGGCAUUCCUCUCCCUCCUACCUACUCCUCAGCCUCUGCGUGUGCCCAUCAUGGCCUCUGUGUCCUUCAUUCUGUCCACUCAUGUGUUCACUGGGCCCCUCCUUGGUGCCAGGCACCUGCUACUGAGGGGUGCCAAGCCCCUGCCAGAGAAGCUUGGAGCUGGGUCACAGCAGCAAGGGGACUGGAGGCAGUGGCAUCAGUGAGGCCGCUGUGGGAGGAGGGAGUGGGAGCAGAAGCUAAGAGUGGACUGAAGUCCUUAGGCCAGGAAGUAGUUCAGGGUUUAAGAAGAGGAGAGACAGGCGUCCCGGGGAGGGAGCAGGCUCAGGACGCGCCUCCCGUGCCGCCUCUGAACCUCACUACCCAGACUACAGCAGCGCAGUGGGAAGCGUCUCAGCUCCUGCCCCUUCUGCUGGCUACAGCCUGGACAGGACCCGGAAUCAAACCACAGGCCCUAGGUCACCGCCGCCGGCAAGAACUGGUUCUUCUCCGUCCAUGCACCCACCCCCACAACCUGGGCCCUCCCGGAGGUGCUGGGGGAGGCCAUGCCACUUUUCUGAGUGCCUGGAAGUGACUGCGGGAAGAGAGUACAAGUGACCACGCCUUUUUUCCGGGGUAUAAAAGCGGAGGCGCGCGCUCGGAUUCUGGCAGUGUAGCUUGAGAACCUUUCCACGCGCACGAACUUCGGGGACGAUUUCUGAUUGAUUUUGGCCCUUUUGAACCAAGCUUUAGGGGGGCGAAGAGCCUCCCUUCUCAUGAGACUUUGGGGACAGAGCGCCCCGACAGCCUCCAGCGUUGGAGCAGGGCGCUAUCCAGGAGCCAGGACAGCGUCGGGAACCAGACGAAGACUCCCGGGCCCCAAGACCCUUAAGUUCCUCGUCUUCGUCGCAGUCCUGCCGCGGGUGAGUCUCCCCGCGGUCCCUGGCUGGGGAAGAGCGCACCUGGCGCCGGGAGUGGGCAGGGAGAGAGGGGGACACGGUGGGGAUGCUUGGCCCGGGUCGCCAGCGGCCGGGCAUGUCUGGGCAGGACGAACCCGCCGUCGGAGUCAGGGGAAGAGUGGGGUGCCCGGGCUGGGCAGGAGCGACCUGGACGCGAGGGAGCAGAGCGCCCGCUACCCCUGGCUGUCCCGUGCGGCGAGGACCGCACUGAGCUGCCCCAGGGGAAGUUCCAGCAUCAGCGGAGGGAGGGAGUCAAGAUGGAAGCCCGGGAGUGAACCUCAGGAAGCCACAGAGCGGUUUGCCUCUUGCGUUAAUUAAAGACAUUAACUCAGGCGGGGCGCGGUGGCUCACGCCUGUAAUCCCAGCACUUUGGGAGGCCCAGGCGGGCGGAUCACCUGAGGUCAGGAGUUGGAGACCAGCCUGGCCAACAUCGUGAAACCCCGUCUCUACUAAAAAUACAACAAUUAGCCGGACGUGGUGGCGGGCGCCUGUAAUCCCAGCUACUCGGGAGGCUGAGGCAUUAGAAUCGCUUGAACCUGGGAGGCGGAGCUUGCAGUGAGCCGAGAUCGCGCCAUCGCACUCCAGCAUGGGGGACAAGAGCGAGACUCCGCCUCAAAAAAAAAAGAAAAAAAAAAUAGCCGGGUAUAGCGGCGUGCGCCUGUAAUCCCAGCUACUUGGGAGGCUGAGGCAGGAGAAUCGCUUGAACCAGGGAGGCAGAGGUUGCAGUGAGCCGAGAUUACACCACUGCACUCCAGCCUGGGUGACAGAGCAAGACUCUGUCAAAGAAGAACAACAAUAACAACAACAACAAAAUUAACCCUAUGUUCGCAUUGUUAAACGUGUUCCUUGGAGCUGGGUUUAAUAAACGUGUUCCUUGGAGCUGGGUUUAACAAACAGCCGAUGACCGGGUGAUCAUGAUGACACAGCAGGGGAGGGUGGCAGGGAAGACUGAAUUCCCAGCUGUGAACUUGGAAAACCAUGGUCAGCUGGGGCCAGUCCCUGCCACCCACUAUGCCUGUAACUGGAGAUAAGGUCUCCAUCUUCAGGCUGUCAGGAGGACAUCAGAUGAGCCUGGAGGUGAGCUCAGUUCCUGACCGGAUUUCCUGGCUCUGUCAGUGUUGGGCUGGUCCAAUCUCUGUGCCAGGUCCUUCCAUGUCAUCCCUCUCUCAAUCAAAGUAGGAAUUGAGAAGUUCCAACGGCUCAGAAUCUUGGACUCUGAGGCUCUCAAGGACUCCUGAGAUUGGAGGCUGGGAACAGCUGGGCCCUGCUGUGCUUCCCCUCCAGCUCUGUGACACUGGUGUGGCCCCAGCUCCUGCCUGUAAAGUGAAGAAGAGAUAAAAAUCUUCAGCAGCCCUGUGUAAACCUCAGAGGGCUGUUUUACCAGGUGUGGGAGGACAGAUCACAUCCUCAGGGCUGGUGUCAGUCACUCCGGACUGGAUCCCCAGGCACCUGUCCUCCACCCAGCAGAGGCUGCACCUGUUCCUACCCGCACCUCUAUACCGGGCUCCCUGGCCUUGGGGCAGAAGCUUCUGAAGACUGGGGUGGAGCACCGUGUGGAGGGGCCAUCAAGGAACAGAGGAGCCAGAGUCAAGUGAGGACAAUGAUGGCACUGCAGGGCCACAGCCUGGUUUACCUGCCACGCUUCCAGUUGUGCUUCUGGUGGGCGCCCGGCCCGGGUUGCAAUUUGAAGAGGGAGCAGGAAAGGUCUCUAUCCAGGUGGCUGCAGAUGGCUGCUCACCCAGCCCCUACUGAGAGGCCACAGUUUCAGUUCUGGUCCUCUGUCCUGUAUCCAGGAGUGUCAGGGUAGUGAGGCUCUAAAUUCCUGGUUGGGGAUGGGGAGAGUGGGGACAGUGGGGACAGUGCCAUGCCCUGAGCCUGUGCUGUUGGGCAGCUGGUGUCCUGCUCCCAGCCAGCAACUAUACAUCUUCAUCUACUGGAUUUUCCUAACAACCCGGAGAGAUAAAGAUAGGUUGUUUUCCCUGUUUUACAAGUGGCAAAAUGAGACUCAGGAGCAAUGUCUCCAGCAUUUUUGUCCUCCAGCAUUUUUGUCCUCACCUUCUGUAUAAUAGCAGCCAUAUUUGGGCCUCUGAAGGGCUAGAGUUCUCUGAGCAGCUGCUUCUCUGUUCUCUGUCCUGCACUUGGCCUCUGGGAGCUUCUAUGGGUCCUCAGCAGAGUCCACAGGGCUCUUUGGGGUCCCCUCCCUGUGCCACAGCCUGGAGCCUGUCCUUAGGUGGUAAGCUGAGUCCGCCACUGCGCUCACCUCAUGGGCUUGGGGGGAAAGUGAUUCACCCAGGAAAUAGACAGUGAGCCCUUUUAUUGUCUUUGGAGUCUGCUGGAGCCAGGGUGGACAGACGAACCCCAUGUGAAUCCUGCUUCCUGGAGCCCACAGUUUGGUGGGUGGGGUGACACCCAGAAUCAUAUAACUAAUAGGAGGUCGCAUGAGGGAGGCCUGAGAUCUCACCACCCUUGCCUCCCCCUCCUCCAGAGAGGCUGUGCUGGUGCAAGGCUAUAGGAUGUGGUAUUGUUGGCCUGGAGGAUGGUGCCUGGUUACAGUCACCAUUGAGAAUCAUGGAGGUAAGCUAAGCUCCCCUUCAAGGGCUUUUUAUUUUGGCUGAGCCUGAGAAUUAAAUUGACAUAAGACAGGUACACAGGAGAAAAGCACAUACUACUUUCUUUUUGAGAUGUAGUCUUGCUCUGUUGCCUAUGCUGGAGAGUGCAGUGGUGCAAUCUCGGCUCACUGCAACCUCCGCCUCCCAGAUUCAAGCCAUUCUCCUGCUUCAGUCUCCUGAGUAGCUGGGAUUACAGGUGCCUGCCCUCGUGCCUGGCUAAUUUUUGUAUUUUUAGUAGAGAUGGGGUUUUGCUGUGUUGGCCAGGCUGUUCUCGAACUUGAGCUCAGGUGAUCUGCCCGCCUUGGCCUCUCAAAAUGCUGGGAUUACAGGCAUGAGCCACCACACCCGGCCAACACACACAUUUAUUUAAUGCAAUAAACAUGCAUUUAUUGCACAGAAGGAGCAGUGAGAGUCAGUUACUCAUAUACUGAAUUAGACCAAGUAACUUGAGAAGAAGCAAGUAAAUAUGUGGAGGCUAAAAAGAUGAGUGGUUCUGUUCUAACAAGUUCUGCACAGUAAUCUCUUGGCCUCGACUUCUCAUCCCUAAAAAUAAGGAGAUUGUCCUAUGUUUCCCUGGGGACUUUCAUCUCCUGCUUUUAGGAAACACAAAAGAGGUCAAAGCAUCUUCUUGCGCCUGCUGUUUUUCAGUAGCCUUUAAUUCAUAGUAGUCAAUGGGCCAGGGUGGGUGGGCAGGUGCAAUGGCUCACAUCUGUAGUCCUGCCCAGGUGGGUGGAUCACUUGAGCCCAGGAGUUCAAGACCAGCCUGGGAAAGAUAGCAAAAUGCCGUCUCAAAAACAAAAGCCAAAAUAAAACAAAAACAAAAAACAAAAAACCACACACACAGAAAAUCAUGUCGUGUGAAGGAAUCCAAGCAGAAUGCAUACCAUUUGAUUCUCAUCUUAUUAAAAUGCAACUAAUCUAUUGUGACAAAAAGCAGAAGAGGUGUUGCUGGGGGACAUAGGAGCAAAGCAGAAGAGAGGAUUACAUUGAAAAAUGAAGAAACACUGCAGGACGGUAGACAUGUCAUUGUCUUAUCGUGGUGAUAGUUUCACAGUGUAUACAUACAUCUCAAUCUACCAAACUACAUGCUUCAAAAAUGUAUGCUUUGUUUCAUAUUCAUUAUGCCACAAUAAAUCCAUUUUUUAAAAACCUUCAAUAGAUUAUAAACACUUGAGUGUAAACUGUGUUCCCUAUAGCACUUGCACAUAGAUCAUGGAAAUAUGUAUGCAUAAAAAGUCUGUAUCCAAUUAAAACAGAAUUCUAAAAGGUAACUAACAUUAAAAUGUGCAGGGGAAAAAGGAGUAAAAAAAUUAGACUAGACAACCACAGUUUAAAUGGUAAACUUAUAGGUCUAUUUUGACUAUCAAUUAUUGCACUAACAGUAAAUCCACCGGGCACUAGAGUUCAAAGAUAAAAAGGGUUUGAAGGGCUGAAAAACAAGACUCAGGUAUAUCUUGUCUAUAUGAGAUGGGCCUUAAAAGGAAGACACAGAUGCUGUCUGUGGAAAGCAAAUAAAUGGAAAAAGAUACACCACGCAGAGUGUAAGGCCAAGAAAACUGCCAUGGCUAUCUCAGUAUCACAUGAAGUUGAUUUUGUUAGUGGUGGAUGAGAUCCGAGUUACCCUACAUUGAAGGCGGCGAAUCCAUAUGGGUCCACAGCACCUUCAGCUCUUUGCCUCCUGAGAAGAAAGAAUUGGACUGAGGGGCAUAAGGCAGAAGGAGGGACAGAGGCAAGUUUCAGAGCAGGAGUGAAAGUUUAUUAAAAAGCUUUAGAACAGGAAGGAAAGGAAGGAACAGAAAGAAAAGGAGGAAAGUACAACUUGAAAGAUGGCCGAGCAGGUGACUUGAGAAACAGUACUCAGCCGGACCGCCUGAGUUGGGGUUUUAUAGGUUGGCAUACUUCCAGGAUCUUGCCUUACUUCUCCCCACUCCUGAAAUCUUAUUGGGAAGCUGCUGAUCAGUUUCAGGUGUUUUCUAUGUAUUAGGAGACUGCCUUUUUCUGGCAUUGGCUGUAACCAGUUAUUACUUUAGAGACACAGUUAUCAACCACCUGAUGGUCGCCCAACACUGCUGGUGUCAGAAGCGGGGAGCCCUCUCCUACCCUGCUCAUACCUGACUAGCUGCCUACUGUAACAAUUUUAGGACAUAGAAUAUUAUGGGAGCUCAAAAGGGACCCUUGUAGUUAAAAAGGUUAAUUCUUCAAGGAAUAUAAUAAUAAUCACAAAUUGUAUAUGCCUAGUAAUACAGCUUCAAAACACAUGACGCAAAAAUAGAAUGAAAAGGAGAUUAAAUCAGCUGUUUCUCUGUAAUUGAUAGAACGGUCAGAUGAAAACCCCAGUAAAGUGGCAAGCGAUCUGCACACUAUCAACCACCUUGACUUAACUGACAUUUAAAGAGCAGGAGUGGAGCAUCCACUGAACACUCAUUCCUUUCUAUGCUCAUGAUACUUUCACCAAGAUAGACUGGCUUCUGGGCUGUAAAACACACAAUAUGAUCUCUAAACUUAAUGAAACGAAACUGGAAGUCAGCAACAGUAUCCACAGAGAAUUCUAAAAUUUGGUUAUUGAACAACACACUUCUAAAAAAAUUGUGGUUCAGAGAAGAAAUCAAAAGGGAAGGUAAAAUAUUUCCAAAUAAAUAAUAAUAUAACAUCAAAACUGGUGGGAAAUGGCUAACGGUGCUCGGGGUGAAAUAAUACAGCUUUCAAUCUUUUUUUUUUUUUUUUUUUUUUUGAGAUGGAGUCUUGCUCUGUUGCCCAGGCUGGAGUGCAGUGGUGUGAUCUCAGCUCACUGCAAGCUCCACCUCCCCGGUUCACGCCAUUCUCCUGCCUCAGCCUCCCGAGUAGCUGGGACUAUAGGCACCCGCCACCACGUCUGGCUAAUUUUUUUGUAUUUUUUAGUAGAGACGGGGUUUCACCGUGCUAGCCAGGAUGGUCUCGAUCUCCUGAGGUAAUGAUCCACUCGCCUCGGCCUCCCAAAGUGCUGGGAUUACAGGUGUGAGCCACCGAACCCGGCCUCAGCUUUCAAUGUUUCUAUUAAAGAAUUGGGGGUUGGGGAGAUGGGGAGUAACUACCAAAGGGUAUGCAGUUCCUUUCUGGAGUGAUAAAAAUAUUCUGAGAUUGAUUAUAGUGAUGAUUGCAUAGCUAUGAGUAUAUUAAAAACUACUGAAAUGUAGACAUUAAAUGGGUGAAUUAUAUGAAUAAUCAUAAUUACUAAUUAUGUGAAUUGUGCCUCAUUAAAGUUGUCAAAAAAUGUGAAAUUUAUGGCCUGAAGAUCUACAUUAAUCAAUCAUAAAAUAUAAGCAUAAAUUAAACCAAACAAAGUAACAAGGAGGAACAUAAAGCAAGGAAACAGAAUAGAAACCACAAAAAGAACUGACAAAACGGACUGUGUGUGGUGGCUUACUCCUGUAAUCUCAGUACUUUGGGAGGCCCAGGCAGGCAGAACACUUGAGCUCAGGAGUUAGACCAGCCUGGGCAACGUGGUGAAACUCCAGCUGUACAAAAUACACCAAUAUUAGCCCAGGCGUUGGGGCACUCUCCUGUCCAUGUUCCCUGCCACCUGGGGACUGAGGUCAGAGGACCACUUGAGCCUGGGAGGCAGAGGUUGUAGUGAGCAGAGAUUACGCCACUGCACUCCAACCUGGAUGACAGAGGGAGACCCUGUCUCAAAAGAAAAAAAAAAAAAAGAAGGAAAGAAACAAAGAAAAAGAAUUGACAAAACGAAAAGUUGGUCUUCAAAAGGAUUAAGAGUGUCAGAGCAGAGAAAGGAGACAGAGACAUCGCCUGAACCUAGAGGGACCCCAGCCUGAGAAGGAAGGAUUUGGGAAACGUGCGUUAGCUUCACUGUCACCAACUACUAGGCAGGCUUUGAUGUGGAAGAAACCUACAUUUUGUCUUGUUUAGAUCCAGGCAGUUCAACAGAGCCCAACAUAAGUAGCUUUUAUUGUAACCAUUUUGUUUUUGCUCAGGAGCAAAAUUAUAUUAGAUUAUAUUAAAGUUUACAAUUAAAUUAAUUUUGUACUUUAAAAUACUCCCAACUUAAAGAAAAGUUACAAAAACUAUACAAAAAAAUUUGAAAAAUAGCUGUUGGCAUGAUGAAAGCUAUUAUUGAAUUUUUCAGUGUGUACUUUCUACAAACAAGGAAAUUAACAUCAACACGUUACCACUAUCUAAUAAGCAGACUCUAUUCCGAUUCUCCAGUUGUCUUCUCGUUGUCAUUUAUAACACAGAGAUCAUGGCCAUAAUCCCUGAAUUGUUGUUUUAUCUUUUUCUGUCAUUGUUUGAUAUUUAGUGGGAACAGCUUAUCAAAGUCCUUUGUAAAGCAGAAAUUACUUAAUGUUUGAUGCUAUAUCCUGACUUCCUUUAAGGUUAUAUUAUAACCCUCAUUUGUAAAAAUGUGUAUGUUUAUGUGUAUGUCUGUGUGUGUGUGUGAGAGAGAGACAGAGAGACAGAAUUCACCCACUAGUCAAUUAAACACUUGGUCGAACUAAGUAUGUUAGAUGCUAUUUCUGCUUGAAGGGCUCAUAUGUAUUUUUUGUAUUCCUUUUUUUUUUUUUUUUUUUUUUGUGAGACGGAGUUUCGCUCUGUCACCCAGGCUGGAGUGCAGUGGUGUGAUCUCCGCUCACUGCAAGCUCUGCCUCCCGGGUUCACACCAUUCUCCUGCCUCAGCCUCCCAAGUAGCUGGGACUACAGGCACCCACCACCAUGCCUGGCUAAUUUUUUUGUAUAUUUAGUAGAGACGGGGUUUCACCGUGUUAGCCAGGAUGGUCUCGAUCUCCUGACCUCGUGAUCCACCCACCUCAGCCUCUCAAAGUCCUGGGAUUAUUGGCGUGAGCCACCGCGCCUGGCCUUUUGUAUUCUUAUAAAAUCUUUUCUUGCCAACCACAGUGGUGUGUUCUUGUUAUCCAAGUUACUUGGGAGACUGAGGCAGGAGGAUCACUUGAGGCCAGAAGUUCCAGGCUGUAGUGGACUAUGAUCACAUCUGUGAAUAGACACUGCAUUCUAGCCUGGGAAACAUAGGAAGACUCUAUCAAAAGAAUAAAAAUAACUCUUCUGCUCACAUUUUCUGGGGUAAAGAUAUUGUAUGUUAUAAUAUGAGAAAAGGUUACAGAGGUGUUUUUCUUCAUAGAAAAUAGCUGCCCUAACAGGCCAAGGGACAAACACAGAUGCAAAAGAAUGAAAGUUUGGAGAGGGAGAAAAGUCCAAGCUCUGAUGGGUUUUGUCACUUGGGGUGAAGGGAAUGUGAGACGGAGCUUGGGAGAGGUGAGUUCUGGAAGCCACUCACGCCCCACGGGUCCAAGUUGACUCUGCCACCAUCCGCCCGCAGGAUGAAGCUCCCCAGCAGACAGCGGCCCCACAGGAAGAGAGGCGCAGCCUCAAGGAGAAGAAGUGUCCAGCAUGUGCGCUGUCAUUUUUAAAAAUCAGUUUAUUUUUAAUUGACAGAUAAACAUUGUAUAUAUUUAUGGUGUACACCAUGAUGUUUUGAAAUAUAUACACAUUGUGGAAUGCCUAAAUCAAGCUAAUUCACAUACUUAUCAUGUAUGUGUGGUAAGAACACUUAAAAAUCUACUCAGCAAUUUUCAGCUGUACAGAUACAGAGCCCUGGGAUAAGCCCUCUUUGCCAUCCUCAUCUGUAGGUUCUGCAUUUAUGGCUGCAAACAACACAGAUCAAGAAUAUGUGGGAAAAAAAUAAUGAAAAUGAUAAUACAUCAAUAAAAGUAGAUAAAAAGCAAUGCAGUAUAGCACUUAUGUUCAUAACAUGUCUAUUGUAUUAGGUAUUACAAGUAACCUAAAUAUCAUUUAAAGCAUAAUGUGCCUGGGUUAUGUGCAAUACUAUCCCAAUUUGUAUCAGGGAGUUGAGUAUCUGCAGUUUGUUUCAGGGAAUAUAUUCCCUGUGAAUAGAAGGAAGGACUGUACAACACAUUGUUUUAAUAACUGUAGUCAGCAUGUCGCACAAUACAUCUCUUGAAUUUAUUUCCCUCUGUCUGACUGAAAUUUUGUAUCCUUUGACUAACAUCUCCCCAACUCACCAACAAACUGCAGCCCUGGUAAUCACCAUUCUACUCUCUACCUCUAUGAGAUCAACUUUUAAGAUUCCACAUAUGUGAGAUCAUGAGAUGUUUGUCUCUCUGUGCCUGAUUUGUUUCGCUUAACAUAGUAUCUCCAGGUUCAUCUAUGCUGUCGCAAAGGACAGAAUUUCCUUCUUUGUUAAGGCUGAAUAGUAUUCCAUUGUGUCUAUGUACUACAUUUUCUUCACCUUUUCAUCAUCGAUGGACACUUAGGUUGAUUAAAUGUCUUGACCAUUGUAAAUAAUGCUCCAAUACACAUGGGAGGGAAGAUACCUCUUUAACAUAUUGACAUCAUUUCAUUUGGAUAUAUACCCAAUAGUGGGAUUGCUAGAUGAUAUAGUUGUUCUAUGUUUUGUUUUUUGAGGAACCUCCAUACUGUUUUCCAUAAUGGAUGUACUAAUCUCCAUUCCCACCAACAGUGUACCAGUGUUCCUUUUUCUCCCCAUCAUCAUCAACACUUGUUAUCUUUUGUCUUUUUGGUAAUAGCCAUUCUUACAGGUGUGUAGUGAUAUUUCAUUGUGGUUUUGAUUUGCAUUUCCCUGCUUAGUGAUGUUGAGCAUUUUUUUCAUAUAUCUGUUGGCCACUUCUCUGUCUCCUUUUGAGAAGUGUCUCUUCAGGUCCCUUGCCCAUGCGUCCGUUUUAAUUGCAUUAUUUGAUUGCGUGCUAUUGAGAUGUUUGAGCUCCUGUGUAUUUUGGAUAUUAACCAAAAUCUUGGAUCUUUUGCAUAUUGAUCUUUCAUCCUGUAGGUUGUCUCUUCACUCUGUUCAUUGUUUUCUUUGUUGUGCAGAACCUUUUUAGUCUGACGUAAUCUCAUCUGUCUAUUUUUGCUUUUGUUGCCUGUGCUUUUGGGGUCAUAGCCAAGAAAUCAUUGUGCAGAUCAACAUCAUGAAGAUUUUCCCUAUGUUUUCUUCUAGUACUUUUACAGUAUCAGGCAUUAUGUUUAAUCUUUAAUCUAUUUUGAGUUAACUUUUACAUAUGAUGUGAGAUAUGGGUGUUAUUUCAUUCUUCUGCAUGUCAAUAUCUACUUUUCUCAACACCAUUUAUUGAAGAUACUGUCCUUUCCCCAUUUCGUGUUCUUGGUAUCUCUGUCACAAUCAGUUGACUAUAAAUGCAUUGAUUUAUAUCUGGGUUCACUAUUUCAUUCCAUCAGUUUAUCUUCAUUUAUGCCAUUACUAUUCAGUUUUGAUUACUAUACCUUUGUAAUAUAUUUAAAAAUCAGGUAGUAUGAUGCCUCCAUCUUUGUUCUUUUUGUUUGUUUUGCUUAAGGUCACUUUGGCUAUUUGAGGCCUUCUGUGGUUCCAUACAAAUUUUAGAAUUGUUUGCUCUGUUUUGGUGAAAAAUGUCAUUGGAAUUUUAAUAGGCAUUGCAUUGAAUCUAUAGAUCACUUUGGGUAGUAUGGAUGAUUAAACAAUAUUGAGUUUUCUAAUCCAUGAACAUGUACUGUCUUUCCAUUUAUUUACAUUACUUUCCAUGUCUUUCAUCAAUGUUUUACAGUUUUCAGAUCUUUCACCUCUGUCAUAAAUUUAUUUAAAAGAGUUGCUGCCUUGACAUCCAUUUUUAGGCCCGAUGUAAGUUGUUUAAAACCCAAUCAUACCACAGCAUAUUUUACCCAAUUAAUAAUUCCUUUCCCUGUUCAAUUGUUUUUGAUCUAGCACAUUUGUUCAUCAUCUCCCUGACCCAAAACCCAACACAUCCCACAGCAGCUGACUACAAUAAAACCUAAUGAUUCACAGCAGAGCAGUGUGAACCUUCUUUGCAGGUGUUGUCUUCCACAAUCCCUGUGGGAAAGCCUAGGGUAUAAUGCCCAUGGAUCUUUAUAAAGGCAUAGUCCCAUGGGUCCUCUCUCUCUGUCUCUUGCUCCCUACCCACCAGUUAUUGUCCUUGGACUGGAUGGCUCCCCACUUCCCAUAAGUGCUGCAAAGUGUGCUAUCCUCUUCUCUCUGGAGUCUGUAAAUAAUACACCACUUCUGUGUUUCCUGUGUUUUCUUGUGUUGCUUCCUCUGUGUUUUCACUAACUGACACAUCUGAACCUAACUUCUUUCCCGAUCUCAGCUCUCUUAAAGAGUUGCUAUCUCCUAAAGAGUAGAGAUAACUUAAAACUAGACAUAGGUCAGACAAGAGCCACAGGGGCAUCUGCCAGUAAAAGUAAUUGUCUUGUGGAAGGGACACCUACAAGAUGAAUACCUGAUUAGGCAUUAGACAUUCCACCAGGAUAAAGAAGUUUCCUGUGAACAUCCAUGAUGAAAUCCCCUGGAUCCCCAUCAGGGUAAAGCUAGAGUUUAUAGCCACCCUACAGAGAAAAACCUCAAGACCAAAUCAGAAAAAAAAUUCAGCUACCACCUUGGUUGAAUUUAUUCCUAAGCAUUAUUUUUUGUGGCUAUUAUAAAUGGGUUUUCCAGGUAGUUUCUUGUUAGUACAUAAAAACUUGACCAUGUACUUACUUUAACCACCUAGUUUUAUAUUUUCACUUGGUUUCAUGUAUCUAGUUAGUGUUCUGCUCUUUCAGAUUGAAUAACUGUUGGGGUGAUCAGACCCAACACCAGGCUGUGGGGGCUAUGAAGUCAGAAGAGUCAAAGGAAUGAGAAAGACAAGUUGAGAGAGAAAGUGGGACCAGGGGGCCAAUGCUAGCAUGGAGGCUGUGAAGGCCUCAAGCUCUGGGAUCCCAUGCUAUUUAUUGGUGAUCAAACAAAGAAACAGGUGGUGAGGAUGUGGGGGUUGAAAGGAAAUGAUGUAUCAAGUGCAGCUGUGAUGGUUUAGCAUUUUCUUUGAAACAUAUGGCUGCUUGAGAUAAUGGGAGUGCUAGAAGCAAGGAGCGAGCAAGUUCAGACACAUUCUGAAGGCCACGAGGGGUUUUAGCACCUGGACCCCAGAAAUGUUCCAAGCCCUGCCUCGGCUUCUCUCCCAGCACUCAACUUUUCCUAACAAUAACUCUAGCAUGUCUUGUAAGGCAGGACAUGCUAAAGAUGAAUGCUCAUGGUUUUUUUUUUUUUUUUGCCUGAUAAAGUCUUUACUGCUCUUCAUUUCUAAGGGACAGGCUUGCCAGGUAUAGUAUUCUUGGUUGACAAUGGUUUUUUUUCCUUUCUAUACUUUGUAUGAUUCCACUCUCUCCUGGCCUGCAGGUUUUCUGCUGAGAAGCCUUCAGUAGUUUUACAGGGGUUCCUUUGUAUAUUGCUUUUCUCUUGCUUUCAAAAUUCUCAUUGCCUUUGAUUUUUGGGAAUUUGUUUAUAAUGUGUCUUGGUGAAGAUCUCUUCAUAUUUAAUCUGUUUGGGAUUUUUUCAUGAAUGUGGAUGUCCAUUCCCAUCCAGAUUUGGGACAUUUUCUUUAUUUCUUUAAUUACACUUUCUGUUCCUUUCACUUUCUCUGAUGCUCCUUGGACCACCAUAAUGCAUAUAUUGUUUUGCUUCACGGUAACCAUUGGUACUGUCGGCCUUCUUCCCUCUUUUUCAUUCUUUAUUUUCUUUUUCUUCUUGUGACUUGGUAAUUUCAAAUGAUCUCUUUUCAAGCUCACUGAUUCUUCUGAUUAAUCAACUCUGCUGUUGACAUUCUCUGUGGAGUUUUUUAGUACAGAUAUUGUGUAGUUUAAUUUUAGAAUUUCUGCUUGGUUCUUUAUUAUGUUGUUUGUGUAUAUUAAACUACUCAUUUUGUUCAUGUAUUGUUUUUCUGACAUGACUUAGUUGUCUAUCCAUAUUCUCUAGUAGCUGACUGAGCUUCUUUAAGAUGACUAUUUUCAAGUCUUUGUCAGGCUGUUGUAAAUGUCUAUUCCUUUCGGAUUGGUUACUUGUGCUUCAUUUUGUUUCUUUGGUGCCAUCACGGUUCCCUGGUUGCUCAGGAGCCUGUGGCAGUGAUGUUGGAAUGUGCACUUUGAAGAGGCAGGGACUUAUUCCAGUAUUUACAGACUGGCUUUGUCAGGGAACGCCCUUCACCAGUCAGCCUAUACACAGAUUCUGGGCAGGCCAUGUGGUGUGGUGUGGUUCAAGGGUGGUCAGAGCCAGUAUCCAGAGAGGUGACCUGAGGCCUGGCUCCAUGGGGGCUGAACUGGCACUGGAGUAGGCCUUGUACUUGGGUCUGCAGAUGUCAGCCAGGUGCUGUGAUGGGUCUCAUCCUUGGGUCCACAGGGAAGGGCCUGGAGCCUGAGUGGCACUGACUGACCUGGCUUUAGGGCACACCUGGAACCUGAAUCUGCGGAGGUGGGUCAGGAUCCUGGGUCUGUAGUGCUAGCCCGAGGGCACGAGCUAAGACUGAUGUCUUAGCUUAUCAUGCCCUUAUCUCUUUGUGCUUCCAGACUCUGUUUAGUGCACUUUGUGUUUCUUUAUUCCAUAGGGAUACGUUGGAUGAUUUCUGUCAGUCAGGCACCAUGCUAAUGGGGAUAAUUAUAAGAGGCCCUGCCCUCAUGGAACCUUUUCUCUGGGAUAGUAUUAAGACACACAGAUCAAAAUAACAGUCAGAAAUUUCUGAUAGGAACCAUGAAGAAUAAUUAAAUGAUGGGUGAGACAGAGACGAGGUUGGUGGGGCCACUUGGGGAUGGUGAUUUUGGCCAGUAUCCAAAGUUGGACACGGAUAUUUGUGCAGAGAGCCAGAAAUAGUGCUCCUGAGUAGCCUCCCCAGGAAUGACAGCCCCAGGGUGCAGGGGCUGGGGGAUACUGACCAAAGACGGGGCCACCGUAGUGAGUGGACAGCAAACAGGUCAGGUGGACCAGCAUGGGCAGAUCACAUGUAGACGAGGUGGGAUUUUAUUUUGUUAUUUUAUUUUAUUGUUAAAGAAAAAAGUAGACUGGGUGUGGUAUGGUGUGGUGGCUCAUGCCUGUAAUCUCAGCACUUUGGGAGGCCCAGGGGGGUGGGUCACCUGAGGUCAGGAGUUUGAGACCAGCCUGGCCAAUAUGGUGAAACACCAUAUCUACUAAAACUAUAAAAAAUUAGCCAGGCGUGGUGCUGGGUGCCUGUAAUCCCAGCUACUUGGGAGGCUGAGGCAGGAGAAUCACUUGAACCUGGGAGGCAGAGGUUGCAGUGAGCUGAGAUCGUGCCACUGCAGUCCAGCCUGCGCAACAUGAGUGAAACUCCAUCUCCAAAAUCCAUCUCCAAACAACAACAACCACAACAACAACAGCACAACAACAGCAAAAACACAAAAGUAAAAUAUUUCAAAGAUUUGUAUUGAUUACUUAUUGAAAUGUAGUGUUCUGGAUAUUUUAGGUUAAAAGUAGAUUAUUAAAAUUAAUUUGACCUCAUUCUUUUUACUAUUUUAAUAUGGUUCUCAUAGAAUUUAAAUUUCUUGUGUGGUUUGUAUUAUAUUUCUGUCAGCAGUGCCAGUCAAAGGUAUGUAAUAGAUGCAGAAUUGAUGACAAGAGUCGAUUUCUCUGCCUGGAUUCCACAGAGGGCCAAAAGAGAAGUUUCCCCACCACUGUCAGCCUCUGGGAAUUCUGCAGUGACUCAUUCAUUGGUUUUUCUUUCCCUUCCCAGGAUCUCAUAGAUCCUGCCUGUAACCCAUGCAGAGAGGGUGUGGAUUACACCAAUGCUUCCAACAAUGCACCUUCUUGCUUCCCAUGUACAGUUUGUAAAUCGGGUACAGAAUGUGUGGACCCCUUGUCCAGAGGUGGAGUGCGGAAUGAGGUGGGAGUUGUAGCCGAUGUGAGUCAGGGAACCAAGCUCCAGCCCAACUUGGUCUUCAUCACCCUGUUCCAUGAUUAUGACUUUGGUUGAUUAAACAAAAAUAGAAAUCUUUUCUAUAAUGCAUGCCACCUGGCUGGGAAUUCUUCUAAACUAUCGGCUGCAAGGAGGUGGGGGCAUCAUUACAGCACAGAGAAGUCCUGGCCAAGUGGACAGGGCUGAGUUUUAGUGUUGGCACGGGUCUGUUCUGGGGCCAGGCUCUCUCCCCUGGGCUUUGUGCUCCUGGCAGGUGCUCGGGCUUGCUCAGCCUUCAGGUUCUCAGGCCUCUACCUCCUCCCCAGCAGGCUGGUUUUUUGGGAAGUCACCCAAGGGCUCCUCUCCUUGAAUAGUCUCUCAAAUGAUACCCUGUGCCUGUUUUGCUACUAACCAUGCCAUCUAAAUGGUGCUUUUCCCCUAAUCUGAUGUAAUAAAUAAUGAAUCAUGGACCUUUUGUAUGGGUCCUUAUGUACAGGGUGGGUGUCCUGUAUGAGCCCUGAGUGUGCUGGUGCAGAAACCGGUCCUCAGAACUCCUUGGCGAACUGAAUUGAGCUGAGCUGAGCUGGCGGGGAGGGGGUUGGGGUGGUGAGGAAACGUCAAGGGAAACGUCAGGGAAACACAUUCCCAAAACCUUGUGCUCUGUACUCAGAAUAAAAGGAGAUGAGUCCCUGCACCACGACCGGGAACACAGUGUGUCAGUGCAAACCAGGAAGUUUCUGGAACAAUUCCACUGAGAUGUGCCGGAAGUGCAGAACAGAGUGAGACAGCAGCCAGGGCUCCCAACAGCUGUCAGGAACCUGAGAAGACCUGAGUCACCUGGUGCCCCUAUGUCUCCUCUGACCCCAUGGAGCCUCCAGCCCCAUGAGGCAUCCCUGAGCCUGUAGGGUCUCUUGAGCCUGUGGUGGCCCCUCCUGGUCCAUCUGCCUGUCCCCACCCCUACCCCCUGCAGCAGCCCCUACCCACCCCUCCCCAGCACAAGUCCCUUUGUCCAGGCUGAAUUGUUCACUGGGCACAGGAGGUGACUUUCUAGGUCCCUUGAACCUUUUCAGGCAACCUAGGAAAUGUAAUUUCCUUUUGAAAUCAGAAGAAAACACUUGAAUCCAGUGUGGCUUGUAUUUGUCCUUAUUCCAAAUUGGUUUAAAAAAUGUAAUUUUUAAUAUUUUUUAUGCAGGCAGGGACCCAUAAGGACAAAAGUGCCCAUAGCCCACAAAAGUCAUAAUAAGGCCGUGGGUGGAGCUCCCUUAAGUUCCCAUGAGGACCUGAGCCCACCCAGCCGGCCUCACCCCGGCCCCUGAUUUCUCACUAAGUCCUUCUUUUUCCUAUUUGGGUUUUAGGGGCAAAGAGUAACUUGCUCUUCUCUGGCCCUCCAGUGUUUGCUGCGAUUGGGAGGAACCAACAGCAGACAGGGUGGGGCGAGGGCUCACUUGUACUGUGUGUUAACUGGAGGAAGGUGCUCAGCUUGUGGCCACAGGGGCUUGUGAUCUUCCCCUGGAGUGUGGCUCCUCCUAACUCAGGCCUCCCCUGCAGCCCAGGGAAGCUCAGUGUGUGCCCAGCACAGAAGGCUCCUGGAGCUACAGCUCUGACCCCAGAGCAGGGAGGCCGAGGGGCUGAAGUGUGCAUGCUCAGACCCUUCCCCAGCCUCAACAAGGGAGCAUAGGGGGACCCUUUGCUGACAUGAGGAGCCUGUCCUUCCCCUGACAUCUUUUCAGGGACACUGGGGAGGGAGAGUGGCUCCUGAUCCCAGCUGGCCAGCUUUUCAUCAAGAGUCCCCCUCUCCCUCCCUGUGUAUACCCAGGUGUCCCAGAGGGAUGGAGAAGGUCAGUGAUUGUACGCCCUUGAGUGACAUCAACUGCAAAAAUGAAUCAGCUGCCAGUUCCACUGGGAAAACCCCAGCAGCGGAGGAGACAGUGACCACCAUCCUGGGGAUGCUUGCCUCUCCCUUUCUCUACCUUAUCAUCAUAGUGGUUUUAGCUGUGGUUGUGGUUUGCAUUUUAUGUCGGAAGAAAUUCAUGUCUUACCUCAAAGGCAUCUGCUCAGGUAGGUGCUGGCUGAGGGUGGGAGCGCUGGGCACUUUCUGCCCUGCCCCCUCCCACUCCGUUCCCACAGACAGUAAUCCCCAUCCCUGCCCCUGGUCCAAGCGUCUCCAGCCUGGCUCGAUCUUCCUUCUUGUGAUCGCCCCAUCCCCACGUCCCGUGUAUCCCCAAGGACCCUGGUCCCAUCAGUCCCUCUCUCAGGGCUGGGGGACCCCUCAUCUCCCGGAGCCAACUCCAGGAGGGCAGGCCAGUUCCUCCCAUCUUCAGACCCAGCCAGGCAGGGGGCAGUCGGCUCUUCAACUGGGUGACAAGGGUCAGGAUGAGAAGUGGUCGUGGGAUUUAUUCAGCCUUGGUCAGAGCAGAACACAGAGAUUUUCCACGUGUUGGUUUUUACUCCAGUUCCCCUUCUCAUCCCCCUUCCUCAGGGUGUCCCCUAAUUGUAAGGCCCCAUUCCUGUCCCCAGCCCCAGGGCUCCUUGUCCAGUGUCCCAGCCCCCAGCCCAGCCCUGCGCCCCACUGUCCUCUGGGAGGGAGGUGCUGCAUGGGCCCCUCCCCGCCUGCUCAGGAGACUCCUUCUUUUCCAGGUGGUGGAGGAGGUCCCGAACGUGUGCACAGAGUCCUUUUCCGGCAGCGUUCAUGUCCUUCACAAGUUCCUGGGGCAGAGGACAAGGCCCACAACGAGACCCUGAGUAACAGAUACUUGCAGCCCACCCAGAUCUCUGAGCAGGAAAUCCAAGGUCAGGAGCUGGCAGAGCCAACAGGUGUGACUGUAGAGUCGCCAGAGGAGCCACAGCGUCUGCUGUCAGCACCUUGCUGGAUGCCUCGGCAACACUGGAAGAAGGACAUGCAAAGGAAACAAUUCAGGACCAACUGGUGGGCUCCGAAAAGCUCUUUUAUGAAGAAGAUGAGGCAGGCUUUGCUGCGUCCUGCCUGUGAAAGAAUCUCUUCAGGAAACCAGAGCUUCCCUCAUUUACCUUUUCUCCUACAAAGGGAAGCAGCCUGGAAGAAACAGUCCAGUACUUGACCCAUGCCCCAACAAACUCUACUAUCCAAUAUGGGGCAGCUUACCAAUGGUCCUAGAACUUUGUUAACGCACUUGGAGUAAUUUUUAUGAAAUACUGCGUGUGAUAAGCAAACGGGAGAAAUUUAUUUCAGAUUCUUGGCGGCAUAGUUAUACGAUUGUGUAUUAAGGGUCAUUUUAGGCCACAUGCGGUGGCUCAUGCCUGUAAUCCCAGCACUUUGGGAGGCUGAGGCAGGUGGAUUGCUUGAGCUCAGGAGUUUGAGACCAGCCUGGUCAACACAGUGAAACUCCAUCUCAAUUUAAAAAGAAAAAGAGUGGUUUUAGGAUGUCAUUCUUUGCAGUUCUUCAUCAUGAGACAAGUCUUUUUUACUUUUUCUUAUAUUGCAAGCUCCAUCUCUACUGGUGUGUGCAUUUAAUGACAUCUAACUACAGAUGCCGCACAGCCACAAUGCUUUGCCUUAUAGUUUUUUAACUUUAGAACGGGAUUAUCUGGUUAUUACCUGUAUUUUCAGUUUCGGAUAUUUUUGACUUAUUGAUGAGAUUAGCAAGACGUAGCCCUAUGCUAAGUCAUGAGCAUAUGGACUUAUGAGGGUUCGACUUAGAGUUUUGAGCUUUAAGAUAGGAUUAUUGGGGCUUACCCCCACCUUAAUUAGAGAAACAUUUAUAUUGCUUACUACUGUAGGCUGUACAUCUAUUUUCCGAUUUUUGUAUAAUGAUGUCAGCAUGGAAAAACUUUAGGAAAUGCACUUAUUAGGCUGUUUACGUGGGUUGCCUGGAUACAAAUCAGCAGUCAAAAAUGACUAAAAAUAUAACUAGUGACAGAGGGAGAAAUCUUCCCUCUGUGGGAGGCACUUACUGCAUUCCAGUUCUCCCUCCUGCGCCCUGAGACUGGACCAGGGUUUGAUGGCUGGCAGCUUCUCAAGGCGCAGCUUGUCUUACUUGAUAAUUUUAGAGGUAUAUAGCCAUAUUUAUUUAUAAAUAAAUAUUUAUUUAUAAAUAAAUAUUUAUUUAUAAAUAAAUAUUUAUUUAUAAAUAAAUAUUUAUUUAUUUAUUUAUAAGUAGAUGUUUACAUAUGCCCAGGAUUUUGAAGAGCCUGGUAUCUUUGGGAAGCCAUGUGUCUGGUUUGUCGUGCUGGGACAGUCAUGGGACUGCCUCUUCCUACUUGUCCACAGCAGAUGAGGACAGUGAGAAUUAAGUUAGAUCUGAGACUGCGAAGAGCUUCUCUUUCAAGCGCCAUUACAGUUGAACAUUAGUGAAUCUUGAGCCUCAUUUGGGCUCAGGGCAGAGCAGGUGUUUAUCUGCCCCGGCAUCUGCCAUGGCAUCAAGAGGGAAGAGUGAACAGUGCUUGGGAAUGGUGUGAAAUGGUUGCUGACUCAGGAGUGGAUGGGCCCCUCUCGCUUCUGGUGGUCUGUGACCUGAGUCCCUGGGAUGCCUUUUAGGGCAGAGAUUCCUGAGCUGCAUUUUAGGGUACAGAUUCCCUGUUUGAGGAGCUUGGCCCCUCUGUAAGCAUCUGACUCAUCUCAGAGAUAUCAAUUCUUAAACACUAUGACAACGGGAUCUAAAAUGGCUGACACAUUUGUCCUUGUGUCACGAUCCAUUAUUUUAUUUAAAAACCUCAGUAAUCAUUUUAGCUUCUUUCCAGCAAACUCUUCUCCACAGUAGUCCAGUCGUGGUAGGAUAAAUUACGGAUAUAGUCAUUCUAGGGGUUUCAGUCUUUUCCAUCUCAAGGCAUUGUGUGUUUUGUUCCGGGACUGGUUUGGCUGGGACAAAGUUAGAAUUGCCUGAAGUUCGCACAUUCAGAUUGUUGUGUCCAUGGAGUUUUAGGAGGGGAUGGCCUUUCCGGUCUUCGCACUUCCAUCCUCUCCCACUUCCAUCUGGCGUCCCACACCUUGUCCCCUGCACUUCUGGAAGACACAGGGUGCUGCUGCCUCCUGGUCUUUGCCUUUGCUGGGCCUUCU